AAUUCCCUACCUAAUCCUGCUGGUGCUAGAAGGAAUGCCUCUCCUGCUGCUGGAGUUUGCAAUUGGCCAGCGUCUCAGGAAAGGCAGCGUGGGAGUGUGGAGGGCCAUCAGCCCUUAUCUGACAGGUGUUGGUAUUGCCUCCAUGCUGGUGUCCUUUUUGGUUGCACUGUACUACAACACCUUAAUAGCCUGGAUCAUGUGGUAUCUCUUCAAUUCCUUUCAAAACCCGCUGCCUUGGAGCCAAUGUCCUCUCAAUGACAAUGGGACAGGCUAUGUACCAGAGUGUCAACUGAGCUCCACUGUGGAUUAUUACUUUUACCGUGUGACUCUGAAUAGUUCAGCCUCUAUAUCCGACUCUGGGGGAAUCCAGUGGCCCAUAGUACUUUGUCUGUUAGCUGCCUGGUCAAUCGUCGGUAUAUGCUGCAUAAGGGGGAUCAGCAGUACAGGCAAGGCAGUGUACAUCACAGCCAUCCUGCCUUUCAUAGUGUUGGCAAUUUUCCUGAUCCGAGGACUGACUCUUAAAGGCGCCCUGAGCGGAAUCAAGUUCCUCUUCACACCAGAUGUGAACGAGUUGAUUAAACCAACAACUUGGCUGGACGCAGGUGCCCAGGUAUUUUACUCCUUUGGUUUGGCAUGGGGAGGCCUCAUCUCUUUCUCAAGCUACAACCCUGUUCACAACAACUGCGUGCAAGAUGCUGUGGUCCUAUCUGCCAUAACUGGACUCGCCUCAGUCUAUGCUGCUACAGUUACCUAUACCAUCAUUGGCUUCAGGGCCACAGAGAAAUAUGACCACUGUAUCAAUGAAAACAUCAUGACAUUAUUAAAUGAAUUCAAUCUUCCUGAAGACAGCAUCACUACAAGCAACUAUGAGGCAGCCUUUAAUCAUCUGAACAGCUCUUAUCCAGAUAUUGUUCUUGGAUUGGAGAUUAAAACCUGUGACAUGCAGAAACUACUCAGUGAGGGAGUGGAGGGAACAGGUCUGGCCUUCAUUGUUUUCACAGAGGCCAUCACCAAGAUGCCUGGUUCCCCAAUUUGGUCUGUCCUCUUUUUCAUCAUGCUUCUCUGCUUGGGGCUCUCAACCCUGUUUGGCAACAUCGAAGGAGUGGUGGUCCCCUUGAAAGACCUCAAUGUUUUCCCUAAAAAAUGGCCCCAUGAAGCACUGACUGGAAUUACGUGUGUUGUCGCCUUCAUCAUGUCCCUCCUGUUUGCACAGCAUUCAGGGAUUUAUUGGCUAACUCUCUUUGAUAACUUUGCUGGAUCUGUUCCACUACUGACCAUUGGACUGUUUGAGAUGAUAGCUGUUGUUUACAUCUACGGCAUAGACAGGUUCAAUGAGGACGUGGAGUUCAUGACUGGACGUAAACCCUCCAUCUUCUGGCAGUGUACAUGGAGGCUCAUCAGUCCUCUAAUCGUCCUGGUCAUCUUAGUUUUUUACCUGGUGACACAAGUUCAAGAGGAGCUCACCUAUUUAGUCUGGGAUCCAAACUCUGAGAAGUUCCCGUCUCUGGCAUCAAUACCGUACCCUUCAUGGAUCAACGCAAUCAUCUUUGUUUUGGCUGGAGUCCCCAGUUUGGCUGUACCUGUGUAUGCAUUAUGUAGGUUUCUUUUUGUUUGCUGCAAGAAAAAAUAGCAACCGGAGAAAAAAUGUGCCAAAUUUCUUGAAGUGAUAAAGAUCCUAAAAUUCAGAAUACAACAAAAUGUUAUUUAGUUUGUGUUCAAAAUCGAUAUUUAUAUUACAAUGUUUUUUUUUUCUAUUUAUAUUGAUGCACAGGUUCAUAAAGCACAAUAUUGAAUUUUUAUUGAUGCACAUAUCUGCUCAUGUUUUGUGCAGUUUCAUGGCUACUGUGUAAAUAUAGUCACUAAUUGCACUUUUGUUUGCUAAUAAAGUUUCUUGUUGUACUGGACUUUUCCAACAAGUCAGCCUUCUGUUUUCCACCCAUCCAUAUUUUAUACAUCCUGUUCAUCUGAGGAUUAUUAAUCUAUGUAUGUAUAGCAUAUAGCUCUCUUGUGCUUUUUGCCAUUGAAACAUUAUUCUGCAUAUAUAACUUUCCAAAAAAUACUAUUCAAACAUAUACUGCACCCAAUAACACUGUCUACCAAAACACAUCAGUCAGUAUUUGCCAGCAGCUGCUUUGUGACGUACAAAUACACAGACAGAAGAAGUAGAGCAGCAAAUUGGCCAAGAGAGGGAGCCUUUACACGGACAUAUAGUGGCAGGAAAGUCAGGUCUAUAAGGUGCAGAUAAGGCUCCCAGCAUGUCAUGUAGGGACAAUGGAGUCUUUGACAAUAAUGUUCAAGGUUCUUCAACUGUUAUAAUAUUAACAGACCACUAUGACAGGAAUAAUAAAUCACUUAUUCAACCACUCCUUC